AUGUAUCGUUUCCUCACAUUCCCGGUGUGCACGCCCGUUGUGCGGGGUUCCCUCGUCGGGCGGUCGACGGUGGUUUCCUACCAGCGCCGUGCGAACCACGACCCCCCCCCUCCCUCCUCCGCCUCCGAGCGCCCCGUGGGGCGACCCAAAGCGAUUCGGGUGGAUAGAGACGCCGGAAUUAGCAAAGGCCUCGGCGGAUUCGGCCAUUACGCCGGCUCCAUCACCGCUUUUAUGAAAUCCGAGGUGGAGAAAAAAGGCGCGAGAGAUCCAAAUGAACCCCUCCCUUGCAGCGUCGCGGGUUCCCAGGCCUCCUUGCAGGCGAUGCAGGCAAAAUUGGUGGAGGAGGCGGUGUUAACGGGCACCCUUCCGUCGCCUCGGCGGCCGCGCGUGCAGAACGCCCUCGGGCUCGCCUCCCCGCUUCAAAAAAACGCGAAACCCCCGCUUCCGUCGCCGAAGCGUUCCUCCCUUCCUCGCCGUGCAGUUGCCGAGGAGGGAAAACGACCGGGCAAGAUGGAAUCCCCGGCGAACUCGAAACCCCCGGCGACGACGGAUGCCGAGGAAUACUACCGCGCCCUCGCCGGGAAUCAAUUCACCAAGGAAGAGCUCUGGCAACGUGUGAAGCAGGCGAGUGUGGAAUCGAAACGACGAUCUAGCGGCCCGAAUUCCGGCGCCGCGGAGGCGGUCCCGUUUGUGCUCGACGCCCAAGAGGCCGAUUACGUUCGGAUGGAGGAGGAGUUAAAAGAGGUGGAUCCGCUUCAUUUCACCCUCGGCGAGCUUGCCUUUCCGGAGGAAAGUAUCCGGCGAAAUUAUCUCGCGAUGUGGUACCUCGCGAUCUCGCUCAACAAGGCGAGGUGGUCCGCGCUGGAGGUUCAAUCGCAGCGUGGGGUGAAAAGCACCGGGGUGGGGAUGAAAUUAAUGUUCUGGAAAGAAGCCGUCUCGUCGAUUGUGCAGCGGCGGGAGAUGAUUUCCGGGCAAUUCACCGAUUCCCACCCCGUUCUUCGCCCGUUCGGCGCGACGGUGGCGGCGGUGCCCGGGAUGACCAAAGCGUUUAUUCGCGGCUUCACCGAUGCCCGACUUCGCGUGAUGCAGCAACCCGGAAACGUCAAACAGCUGUUUGAUCAUUUCGAUAAAUUCUACGGGUACUUCUUUUUUUCCUUAAUGGAGGUGAUCGGGGUGAAGGAUGAGCAUGCGGAGCAUCUGAUGCAGCACGUCGGUCGCGCGAUCGGGCUCGUGUUGCAUUGCGUGAUGCUCUGGAAACGAUACGUCCGACUUGGGGUGACGAUGCUCCCUGCCGAUCUUUGCGCGGAUAAUCACGUGAAUUUGGCGUUGUUGAAAAAUCUUCCCCUCGCCUCCCGGGAUGGCGGGGUGCGCAAACUCCUCUACGACGUCCUUUGCAUCGCCAAGACGGAGAUGUUAAGCGCGCAGAAACUCGCCUCGGCGGUUCCUCCGAAGGUCUGGCCAAUCGUGAUGGAAUGUUUGUACCCAAACUAUUAUCUCGGGUAUUUGCAGCGGAAAAAUUUCAACGUGAGUGCGAUGUUUGCGGAUUACAACAUCGAAAACCCCGGGUUCGUGUGGUUUCGUCUGAAAAAACGCUGGGAGUGGGAACGGUAUCAAAGUAUGGAGCGUUUGCUCGAUGAGGCGGCGCCGCUGCCGUGGAUUAACACCUCUAUUCUUCAUUCCCCGUCGAAAUACAAAAUGGCCCCUAAGUCUGGCGAGGUAAAAAAAUAA